AUGACGUCCGGCAUGUUGCCGUUCAAGAGGUGUAGGUUGAGUGCCUCUCCGGCAACUGGCCUUGUGGGGAUGCAGGAGAACGCGUUCCUCAGCGACUUCUUCGGCUGCGUUGGUUUUCUUCCACUCACCACCCCGAGUCACAUUCGGGAGACGAUGGUGACGAUCAUGUUACCCCGCGCCUCCUCUCAGCAGUCAGUCUUUGGGGACGACUGUGACGAGGGAGGGCACUACUUCGAAGCAGUCGCCCCGGGGGGCGAUCUGAGCAAGACCUCAGCACGAAACCAGUUUCCAAUGGACCCGUCAGCGUGCACGUUCUGGUGUGCGGUUGCUCUCGGGGCGCUCGCGAAGGGUAGCCCGAUCGAAUCGGUGACAAGCUACGCCCAACUGGCACAAGAAGCGCUUGCCAAGAGCAACUCCGGUCCCGGAGACGCCGAGGUCGCAAAGGCAUGGGUAAUUCUGGCUAACCUGCACGGCUUUAUGGGACACAAGGAGCGGUUCGAGAAAUACCUGGCUCUUUCGGACUCAUUCUUGAGAAGUUCUAUCGAGCAAGGGUCCAUCGACACCCUUCCAGUGGGUUUCGCCGAGAUCGUCAAGUUCAAAGACAUCGCCAACGUGUCCUGUGGGAAGUGGCAGGUGGAGUCUUUCCCUGUCCAAGGAGAAAACUUUCCUCCCCCUCAGUUAAACGAGGCUGCCACCGAAGCCGAGCUGUAUCGAUACGUCUCUCGAUCUUGCGUAGCUUUUGAGAGUACGAUCUACACGACCAUGACCAAGCAGAGCACGAGUGGCGGCAACAGCCUGUACGACUCUGAACGUCAUGGCAGGCCAGACGGGGUGCACUCUUCCCCGGAAGACUUGAUGGCUGUUGAUAUAUCUAAGGCUAUGCGGGCGUUGUUGGACGAUGGCGGUUUUGUUGAUUUUGGACCGCUUCAAGAAGCCAUGGAUCGACCCCAUGCCAUGCGGAUGGCAGCGAAGGGCGAUCUGCAUGCCGCACGGGAGAGGAUCAGUCGUUGCAUUGAAGUGCUCGAGCGAUAUCCUGGCUUGUGUCGCUCCGUUAUCGGCGGCCGGCGAUGCAAGUGA